AGGCAAUUACGAUGAAGAACUUGAAACUAAAAAAAAGCUGAAAUUUCAAACCAAGCCUUGCAAGCGAAACCAAAAUUCCAAAAAGUUGCCGAUUCUCCUCCAAAAUCUAAAAUGCGUCUCCUCGAUUUGGUCGUCCAUGCAAUCUAAUACCGAAGCCCGAAGAGCAAUAACAACAAUAACAUCGGUAACUCCGUCGUCCAAAAUCAUUAAGUACAAACAUUAUGGAUUCACUCCUCUCGGCUAAAAACCCUACCUCCCUCCCUCCACCGCCCGGAAUCCCAAUCUCGGCCACAACGAUGGCGACAAAUUCCAAAAUCUCAACCCCAAUUUUAAUCCCAAAGUUAGAACCUUUGGACGAAUGGGUGGUGACCCACACUCCCCAACAAGAAGAACAAGCCCGAGAAGCACUCGAUAAUACUUCAAACGGUUCCCUCGGCUUGGACCUCAGCCUCUUAUGCGAUGCUCCUUCCAACGAAACCAACCACUUAUAUUCCGACUUCAACCGACUCGUUGAGCUCUUCCGUGCCACUUUCCCCGAGGACUUGCAACACUUCGAAAAUCCCGACCCCACUGCCAAAGGCUUCCAAAAUGACUCUGAGGGUUUGCAGCAAAUGCAAAACGGCGUCGUUCCCGACCAACUCCCCGAGGGGACGCAUCAGAUCUUAAACGACUCCGUUCCAGACCAUGAUUCGCGGGCCAUUGUGCCCGCCCCGGCACAGGAGGGCUGGGACUCGUCGCCCGGGUCCAUGUUCCCGCGGCGGCGAUGCAAGGAGCUUGUUCGCGUCACGGAUGUUGGCGCGAGGGAGCAGCGUCACUUCCGCCAAGCCGUUCGCCAGACGCGGAUGCUGUAUGAUUCGAUCCGCGUGCUGGCGACGGCGGAGGACGAGAAGAGGGUGGAGAUGGGGCGGAAGGCACGUGGCGAUUUGAGGGCUUCGGCAUUGAUGAAGAGCCGUGGUUUGUGGCUGAAUCGUGAUAAGAGAAUUGUUGGUGCUAUUCCUGGUGUUUGCAUUGGUGAUGUGUUUCUUUACAGAAUGGAACUUUGUGUUGUAGGGUUGCAUGGUCAACCUCAGGCUGGGAUUGAUUAUCUUCCAGCUAGCAUGAGUUCUAAUGGUGAACCAAUUGCCACUAGUGUUAUUGUUUCUGGAGGAUAUGAGGAUGAUGUUGAUGAGGGUGAUGUUAUCAUCUAUUCUGGCCAUGGUGGCCAGGAUAAGCAUUGUAGGCAGGUUUUUCAUCAGAAACUUGAAGGGGGGAACCUUGCAAUGGAGAGGAGUAUGCAUUACGGGAUUGAGGUCAGGGUGAUUCGCGGGGUGCGCUAUGAGGGCACUUCCUCUGCCUCUGGGAAGGUCUAUGUUUAUGAUGGGUUGUAUAGGAUCCUUGAGUGUUGGUUUGAUGUUGGCAAGUCUGGAUUUGGAGUUUACAAGUAUAAGCUGUGGAGGAUUGAUGGGCAGGCUAAGAUGGGUAGCGUGGUUCUUAAGGAGGCGCUUAUGCUUAGGAGGGACCCGUUGUGUUUUAAGCCCAUGUGUUGUUUGUCUGUUGAUCUAUCAAAUAAGAAGGAGAAUGUAGCAGUUCGGCUUUUUAAUGACAUUGAUCAGAGUCAUGAUCCUCUUUGUUAUGAGUAUCUUGUGAGGACCAACUUUCCUCAGUUUGUGUUUCAUCAGACUGGUACGGCUAUGGGUUGUGACUGUGUGGAUGGUUGUGUUGAUGGAUGCUUUUGUGCUAUGAAGAAUGGGGGCGAGUUUCCUUAUAAUAAUAGUGGGGUCCUCUUGAGAGGGAAGCCGUUAAUUUUUGAAUGUGGUCCUUUUUGCCGUUGUCCUCCCAAUUGUCGGAAUCGGGUCACACAAAAGGGGCUCAAAAAUAGGUUGGAAGUGUUUAGAUCUAGGGAAACUGGUUGGGGAGUUAGGUCCCUGGACCUAAUUCAGGCUGGUGCCUUUAUCUGUGAGUACACUGGGGUUGUUCUGACUAGGGACCAAGCACAAAUUUUGGCUAUGAAUGGUGAUUCAUUAAUAUAUCCAAAUCGGUUCACUGAUAGGUGGGCAGAAUGGGGGGAUUUGUCUCUCAUAGACUCCAAUUAUGUGCGUCCUUCAUUUCCAUCGAUUCCUCCUUUAGAUUUUGCUUUGGAUGUGUCAAGAAUGAGGAAUGUUGCUUGCUAUAUUAGUAAUAGUCCAACUCCAAAUGUGUUGGUUCAGUUUAUUCUGUAUGAUCACAAUAAUUUGAUGUUCCCUCACCUUAUGCUGUUUGCAAUGGAGAGCAUCCCUCCAAUGAGAGAGCUCAGCCUUGAUUAUGGGGUAGCUGAUGAGGUGACAGGAAAGCUCUCUAUAUGUAAUUGAAUGAUUUUGAAAAUUUCAUACACGUUAUAAAAUGCUGAAGCCAAGUUUUGGGCAUUGUUUCCUGAGAUAUCCAAGUUGAUGCGGUAUGACUUUGACAAGGUUUCAACCCUGCCAAUUCUUAAGGAAUGGUAGCGAUUUCUUGCUAAAUGACGGUAUCAGGGUAUCAAAUAUGAAGAGAUGUCUAUUACAUCAUUAUGGUGGUUUUAUACUCUCGAUGGCUAAUUCAUGGUGCUCCUCUGGGGAGGAAAGACCAGGAAUAGAAGUUCCCUCUGCUUAAUCUUGAAGACUUCUGUAAUUUUCUCUUUUGUUUGUUUAUUCCUUAUCUUGGGCAAAACAUUUUCAUGAUCACAUGUUUUUGAGCAUGAGUAGUGUAGCUGUAUUAACUCUUUCUUCUUUUGGGGUACUUGUAUGUAAUGCAAGUUCAAAGCUUGUAUAGGGAUGGUGUUAGUGACUGGCAAUGAUAGGUGGAUCCCAUGCAGCAUUUUAAUAGUUUAGAAGCAGAAAGUUGUCGGGUUAUACAGAUUCUAGAGUAUAGCCACUGCUGCUUAUGAUCUUGUACGAAGGAAACAAACGGACAAGUUCGCUUUUAUAAAUGCCUCAGUAAUGUUGUACAAUUCCUGUUAUAAGACUUCUGCAUGAUGAUAUAAUUUAUAUACAUCAUUUUCAGUAACUAAGUGAAAAUAAGAGCAUGUACGAUUCUUUCAACCAAAUCAAACUUCGGUUAAAUUAAA